ACUGAAGUGUUUUAUUAGCACGGCGGAACAGAAGUGACGGAAAGAAACAUCAGCUCAGUCUGUGGAGCAGUUUCAGCUCAAAGCGCUUUCCGACGAUUAUCGCGAAAUGGGCUCAGAGCCGCCCUCAUCUCCUCAGGUGGUGGAGGAAGGAGCAGAUGAGGAGGAUGAGGAGCUGAGUGGGGCUGAAGAUGCAGACCUGAGAUCCUCCUCUGGAAGAGGUUCACUUCUGACCAGGAGAGGCAUCACUUUAAGAGUCCUGCUGAAGGAUGGUCUUGUGGAGCCUGGAGAUGGAGUUCUGUCCAUACACUACCUGGGUAAAAAGUUUGUUGGAGAUCUUCUGAAUGAUGGGAAGAUUCGUUGGGUGGAGACCGGGCAGAUCUUUAACUCUCCAAGCGCGUGGGCCACACACUGUAAACGCCUGGUGAACCCGGCCAAAAAAUCUGGCUGUGGCUGGGCAUCGGUGCGAUACCGGGGACAGAAACUGGUCCAGUACAAAACCACCUGGCUACACAAAUACCAGCCCAGUGCUGACAUGAGUCUAAUAAGUGAAGGAGAAGAUGAUGAGAUGGGAGAUGAUGAUGAAGAGGAAGGGAAAACGACCAUUCCAGUAGAGGACAAGAAUAAAAAGUCCAAACCUGAGCUGCACGAGAUUGGCCUGACGCAGAGAAGAGACAGAGAGAGAAUUCCAGUCAGGUACUGCACUCUUGGCACCAGAGAUGCCGCAAGGGAUCCUCACACCCUUGUCGAACUGUCUGCCUUUUCAGCAAUCAACCGCUUCCAGCCUUUUAAUGUAGCCGUUUCCAGCAAUGUUCUGCUUCUAAUGGAUUUCCACUGUCACCUGACCUCAAGUGAGGUGGUGGGGUAUUUAGGAGGUCGUUGGGACACAAACACACAAUUGCUUACAGUCCUGCGCGCAUUUCCAUGCCGCACACGAUUGGCUGAUAAAGAUGCCGCUCCAGCUGUCGAAGAAGAGAUUUGUCAGAAUCUCUUCAUGCGUGGCCUGUCAUUGGUGGGAUGGUAUCACAGUCACCCACGAGGCCCCGCCCUUCCGUCUCUACAGGACAUUGAUUCGCAGAUGGAUCACCAGCUCCGCCUACAAGGCAGCAGUAACGGUUUCCAGCCCUGUCUAGGGAUUAUCUGUGGACCCUAUUACCAUGGUAACCAAGGUGUGGCCUCCACAAUCACCCCAUUCUGGGUAGUGCCUCCUCCUGAGCAACGACCGAAUGAUCACGGGAUCCCAGUGGCGGUAGAGGUCACAUAUGUGCAGGACAACUUCCUCACUACAGACGUGCUCAACGAGAUGAUGCUGUUGGUGGAGUUUUAUCGGUCUGCUCCUGACCUGGUGCAGUUCAGUCAGAUGUGGAGCCCUAAUACCUCAAUACUCGACAAAAUCAAGGCUUCUCUGAGUGGCCACGCACCCAAAGACCAGGCGUACGCACAGAUCCUGGAGCAUGUGUACAACCAACUGCGCAACACUCAGUGACCCGAGUGCUUUAUGUCUGUGCAAUGUGCAUUAGUGUUAAGCUGUAGAACUGUUGACUUGGGACCUCCUGCCCUGUGCAUUACCAUCUGUGCACUGUUAUACUGUAUAUGAAAUGCCUUCGUGGAGGAUAUAUCAUAUAUGCUUCCGUCCAAACUGUUGCCUUUAGGACUGUUAGGUCUGUAUCACUGGCUGUGGUUUACGCGAUUCUGCCAUAUCUGUGCUGUGAAAUUUGUCUUCCUCUGUGGUAGAAAUGUCUCGGUGGGUAGUUACGAAAGAGAAGACGGGUAACUUGUGAUCUCUUUUGGCUAGUAUUUAUGCGUUCGUGUGAUUAGAUUUGUGCCAAUAUGGGAUCGAUGCCUUUUUUUCCCUGCUGAAUACCUUAAAAUAUACACUGGAACAAGAAACAAAAUGUGCGUUUGCUUCCUGCAACAAUGUUUUUUCUAACUGUAUAAUUAAAAAACUGUUCAUACUCUUACAAGUGAAA